UGUGUGUUACAUCAUACUGACACUGACUAUUGAAAGGAGAGGAAAGGAGUGGCGCUCUCAGCUGAUUUAAGAGAAUACACACACGAGAAGAACUGAAAGUUGUAAGAGGAGCUUUUGAAAGGACUAACUGACAACAGGCUCUGGGACCAGGAUUGAAGAUCUCUGGACUAGUGGAUGACCAGCACAAACUGUGCAGCAACAGAUUAGCUUCUGUUUCUGACUUUACAUCUACAAGGUUUUGUCUGAAAAGCUGCAAAUGGACCUCCAAUCAAAACACACUACAAAAACAAAGCACCAUAAAAUGACAAGAAACACAAAUGCAGACCUUCUCUGAUCAUCUAACAACAUCAUGGAAAUCAAUGGACAAUUUACCAAAUUCCGGUGGAUCUGCACUGUGAUUGGACUGCUGUGUUCCGUGGCAGACAUUGGGUCGGACAUAUUAGUGAGCGUGCAGUAUUUUACACAGGGACAAGAAGUCUGGUUUGCACUGACAGUGACCUUCAUCAUUGUUGGGUCUCUGUGCACACAUGUGUUCAGCUACGCCUGGUUUGAAGAUGAUGCUGAAAGUGAGCAGAUGGACACGCCGGCGCUGUCCAAGGCUCAUCUGGUCGUGGUGCAUCUGCUACAGAUGGGCUGCUUUACACGGCACUUCCAGCUGCUGAUAGACAGUUUUAAACCCGUUUGGGCUCCGAACACUGUGCAGAACCCAAGGUCUCGGAAUCUCUUCGGUCAGGCGGCAGAUCUGAGCAUGCUGCGAAUGUUUGAGACGUAUCUGGAGAGCGUUCCUCAGCUCCUCCUGCAGCUCUAUAUCGUCCUCCAGCACCAACAAGCUUCACACAUACAAUACAUCAGCAUGGUCAUCUCCUUCUUUAACAUCGCCUGGUCCACAGUGGAUUACUGGCGCUGUUUACGCAGAUCCUUACCUGACACCAUGGAGAUUCCCACCGGACUCCCCACCGUGGUUUACCUGCUCUACAAAGUGUUAACCAUAUCAGCAAGGAUCCUGAGCCUGACGCUGCUCAUCCUGUACAACAUCUACAAUAUCCUGGCUUUAGUUCUCAUCUGGCUUGUGGGCACUGUCUGGGCCCAUGCGGUAAAGACCACCUUCUGCUCGUCGACGUGUCUGGAGUACUUCUACAGAGCCACUGUUGGGUUCAUCCUCAUUUUUACCUUCUUUAAUGUGAAAGGGGGGAACACUAAAAUCCUGAUGACACUGUAUUACAUUUUCAGCUCUCUGCAGAACCUCUCAGCUCCCCUCCUGCUGUUUCUCUUCAAACCCCAGAUUCUGGGGGCAGAAUUUUUCUUACCCACCCUGGUGUUCAUCCUGGUGGCUAACAUGAUAGGGCUGUUGUUUCUAGUUUGGUACUACACAGCCUUACACCCACAACUCAACAGGGUGGCUGAUGAGGUGGAUGGAUCUGCACACGAACGGAGGCCCGAGGCACCCAUGGGAGCACAAAGACGUCAGAACCAGUUUUUAAGCUUGUAAUGGUUUCCAAGCUGAUCUGUACAGAAAGAUUUGCUGAAAAUGCUAUUUUUUUAAAUAAUUUAUUUCUUACCAAUUUGGAAGACCAAUUACCUCACCCACCCAUUAGGACUCCUAUCACUAGAAAUGCUCACAACACUAGGAGGGUAUCCUCCAGUACAUAUGAAGCCAGCCAUGCCUCUUUUCUAACGGCCGCUGAUGCAGCUUUACUGGGUAGAAAGUGUGGUUGGGUGAACCUGCUAACUCAUGCUACCCACCAUCUACACACUCAGUGAGAGUAAGGCCAAAUGUGCUCUCUCAGACUCUGGCUGCUGAUGGCAAACAGCAUGAUCCAGAAUUUAUCUUGGAUCAUAGUGGCAGCUCCUAAGACAGCUGAAUGACUCUGAGCCCCCCAAUACAAAAAGCCCAUAUAGAAUUAAGUUUCCAAAAGUGUCCAGGCAGCACUUGUAAAGUCUUUUGUAAAGCUACUUGUUAAGCUACUUUGACCUCACUUAUCAUGCCUGAUGUGAAGCAUCGACUAGAGCAGUUGUGGAUUCCCAGCAAAAAAAAAUAGUUUGUAGAACACUUUCUGAGGUUUCAUAAAAUGUUCAAACUGUCAGGUAUUCUGCAUGUUCUUAGAACAUUUUUUUCCAUGUUCUGGUAACAUCUGUGCAAUGUCAUUUAUGUCAAUGUUUUGAUUUUUAGUUUAGGGAAUGUUACUAUGUUUCUAUGGUGUUACUAAGUUUCUAUGGUGUUAAUAUUCUUCUAGCUAAAACACUACGUGAGAAACGUUUUAAUAACAUUGUGAUGCAAUUCAUUAUUAUGUAACACAUUAUCAGAGCAUUCCUAGAGCACCAUUUCCGUAUUGUUACCUUCCUGGAAACAUUUAGAAACAUUGCCAAGCAUUCUUAUAAUGUUCUCUGUUAGCUGGGUUCCUGUUUAAAGGUCAAAGAGAAAACAACAAGGGUAUCUACUUUAUGAUUUGGGGCUUGUAUGGUCUAGAGGGGGUGUGGCUAAAGCUGAAAACAAAACUGUAUAGAACAGAUGCAAGUUGAAGAUAUCAUUAACUAUAAUUUACUUUGUCUUAUACAUUCAAAUACAGUUUAUUCUAUUGAGAUGGAUUCCAUAAUGGUACCGCAAGAUAUUUUCUGCAAUAAGGGGAUACUUCUCUGUUAGAGCAGCACCAUCAAUUCAUCAUGUUUUCUCAUCUGCAGGAGAACCCUAUUCAGCACAGCAUCCAGUUUCCCUGCUGGGAAGAGCACCUUUAGAUAAUCAAAAUAAUAAUCAAAAUAUCUUGAUCAAGAGGGCCCAUAAUCAUAAUUUAUUAUAGCACUUUAUUUAUUUCCCCCCCCCCAAGAAAGGCAUAAAAUUGGGCACUUAGUAUUUUUUUUGCAACUCUACAGGUCACAUCAGCAACACUUUUCAAAUAUGUGCCCCUCUUGGGCCCACCAGUGGACCGAAGCUGUAUAAAACUUCUUGCUUGAGGGCUGUGAAGAAUUAAAAUGGCAUUUAUUGAAGCGACAAAGCUCAUUUUAAAACCACUGAAAGAGAAGGACCUUACUGAUGCUCUUUCUAUCAAAGCUGAAUGCAAUCAAAUCCUCCUCACAUCAAUGUUCCAACAUCUACUGUAAAGCCUUUCCCGAAGAGUAAAAGCUGUUUCUACAGCAAUGGCUCAAUAUUACUCUUGUUAAAAAAAAAAAAAAAAAACGCUGGAGGAGCAUACAUCUACGUGCAUUUAGGAAAACAUUUUUCCUGUUUAUAAUUCAUGUACCAGUCAUUUUUUUAUUUCUUCAUCACCAUAAAUGGGCCGUUUUACAGUUUGGUUUUCAUAUAUGGACAGUAGCAAUGUUUACAUACUUCAUCAAAGGUUUUAUUUUAGUGUGUGUUUAUUUAUUAACAGUGUUUGUGUCAGUGUUUGUGUGUGUUCAUAUUUGUAGUGAUAUUUUGUAACUUUUUUUGGCAGAAUCAAUAAGCUGUAUAAAUAAAGAUGAAUUAAAUUAAUUGCA